CGAGAAUGUUCUGGCCACAGAUUGGUUUAAUCAUGUUACCCCACAGUUUGCUGCCAUAUUCAUAGUUAUAAAUUGAGUUUCAGAAGAGCCGCCUGCGAAUUCUAAAGCCAGUGGCGACGACAUCAUCAAACAAACCGCCUCCCCUCCCCCCGAUCAUAAGAUGUGACAAAAACACAUUUUUAAAUGGAUUCUCGGGCUGAAGCAAGAUUAGCCGGACCCGGAUCGAACACCUUUGCUCGUGGAUUUUUAUUUCAUCCGUUCAGCGGAUCGAUAGGGGGGAAGCUACACCGUAUGGAGCACCUGAGGGAAUGUCAUCAACCAAACCCAACGUCUAUGCAGGAGGCAAAAGAACUAUCCCUCGGCUCGACUCUCGGGAGAGUUUGAUGCAGUGAAGAAUCCAGAAGCAUUGUCCAACCAUGGUGAUGGCUAUUCUCGAAACUUGCGAUCUUGUCUGCAGCAUAGACUUUCGGCAAGGUCAGCAACGUUGGAAUGCCGGGACGAAAGUAUAUAGUUGUAUGAUUUUCGAUCUCAUUUGCUCAAGCUUAAGAGUCAAAACUGAGUUUUCGCACUUGGGAAUGGCGAAUUCCCAGUUGCGGGCUAUAUACCACGGUUAUAGUGCGCUGCUGCUAGAGAUUAGCAGCGCACUCCUUUUCCGUGCGGGCUAUCAUAUACGCGGCAUGUGUGAUGUCUGCUCAAUGAUACCGUUUCGUUUUCGGGGAAAGGUGCAGGCAUCCUGUCUAUCGUUAAGAUGAGAAAACCGCCUCCCCAGGUGUUCGACUCGUGGCCCGAGCCGAAUUAUGUGGAUCCUGAGCAUAAAGGCCCCGAAUUGAUUAUUGUUAGCCUCAUCUUUACCUCCAUUUCUUUCGUUAUCGUGGGCCUUCGGAUGUUUGUCCGUCUUCGUAUAAAGAAACCUGCUGGAUGGGAUGAUUGGCUUAUGCUGGCUACUUUGCCUUUUAUUGCGGGAGGGACUGCCUCAUCGAUCCUAGGCACAUAUCAUGGAUGGGGCUAUCAUAUGUGGGAUAACAAACCCGAAUGGACCGAACCUGCCGGGAUGUCGAGUUGGUUCAGUCAGCUGAACUCCAUCAUCAUUAUGACUCUCGUCAAGCUAUCGAUCCUAGUCUCGUACCUCCGCAUAUCCGUGGCGACCAAAUUUUUCAGACGAGCUACUUGGGUUAUGAUUACUAUGAUUGUAUUAUGGGGCCUCGCACUCACCCUCUCUCUAUUCUUCGUUUGCGUGCCGCUGCGUUUUUACUGGCACAAUCGUCCGGACAAGCACUGCGUGAAGGACUCCGCCCGUGUAAUCAGCGGGUCGAUUACCAAUGUUAUUACUGAUAUUCUUGUCUUUGUCUUGCCGAUUCCGACGCUCUGUAAACUGCGUCUUCCUACGCGCGAGAGAGUUAUUCUUGCUAUUCUUAUGAAUUUGGGACUUAUCUAUGAGAGAAAUCCUUCCUCCCCCGCUAAUAUCCUCUUAUAUAUCAUCAUACUCUCUUAUGGCAGAACUAAUAUUGAUAUCUUUUUAUAGUUCAUGCGUUGCCUCUAUUGUGCGCGCUUACUACUCACAUGUGAUCUUUCAUUUAACAGAUGAUACCACAUGGGAAGGUUAUAACAUUUGGUUAUGGAACGCCGUUGAAGUUAACUUGGCUGUUAUAUGCGCAUCAACCCCGAUGCUUCGACCUUUGGCGAGAAAGUGGUUUCCGCGUUUGGGUCUCAAGUCCUUCAGCAGUGAGGCUCAAAGUGACAAGCCAACUGACAAGCUGCCUUC